GCAAAAAGUUGUUGUCGGAAAGUUGGGACCCUCCAAAAUCAAAUAAUCAAUCCACCGAACGUCAAAGGCAGAGUCACUGAUAUAAUAUAUAUCAGUGGGCAAAGUAGUAACUGGUCAAAUUUAGUGGUGGGUUGUUGAUACACAAGCCUAUCGCCGUUCAGAUGAAAUAAUUGCAGCUACCGAUUACGUAUAGUUAGAAUUUAGGCGACCGUGAACGGUACUGGAGUAAUUUCUUUACAUUUUAGCGAUUAUGAGUUUAGUGAGCAGGAAUCAAACCACUGGGGCCAAUGUGCAAGUCACCCCGACUGUUGUGCAUGAAAGUAAUGGAAAUGAGACCUUGGAAAGCGAAACUGUUACUCCAGACAUGGUUCUACAUAUGCCAACCAUUACAGAGAAAUACUUGUGUUCACCUGAAGCUAAUGUAUAUGAGAUAGACUUUACAAGAUUCCAAAUACGAGACUUGGAAACAGGAACUGUGUUAUUUGAAAUUGCCAAACCUCCGGCUACAGAAUGCGAGAAUAAUCCAGAUCCUGAUACUGAGGCAGAUGAUGUAGUAGGAUGUGAUCCAAAUACAGGAAGAUUUGUACGCUACCAAUUCACCCCACAGUUUUUGAAAUUGAAAACAGUUGGAGCUACUGUAGAGUUUAUGGUCGGCUCUCGACCAGUCAAUAAAUUCAGAAUGAUUGAACGACACUUUUUUCGAAACAAGCUGUUGAAGACGUUUGACUUUGAAUUUGGCUUCUGUAUUCCAAAUAGCAAGAAUACAUGUGAACAUAUCUACGAGUUCCCAGCCCUUCCUCCGGAGCUGGUAUCGGAGAUGAUCGCUAAUCCAUUUGAAACACGGUCCGACUCCUUUUACUUCGUGGAUGACAGGCUUGUGAUGCACAACAAAGCAGAUUAUGCUUACGACGGGGGACUUGGUUAUGAAUUGUUUUGAUGCAAUUGAACACAUUCAGUACAGAGUUACCAAAAGUAGCAACGAUGUCUUACGCGUAUGAAUGUGGUUUUCGAUAAAAUUUGGCAUUUGGUAUGAACAUUACAGUUCAAGCGCAAAAAAGCCAAUAACGGGGAAACGCAUUGAAUCCAAUGUGGUCCGAAAGUUUCAUGACAAAAAUAUACUAACAAAAUUUUGUAAUGCAACUAAAAUUCUCAUCAGCCUAUUCUCGCGUUCUCGGCAUACAUUUUCGCAUUAACAAAUUCGGUCAACUGCUACUCAAAAGUCAUUUCAGGUCGGCUUUGACAUCGCAAUACAUACCCUUGUCUCGAAGCUUUUGGGCAACACAGUACAUCAACAUUCUGUAAUUGGACAGCUUUGCUCUUUUUGGUAAGAUCUUUUUGGUAUUCAAUACAAAUAACAUUGCCCUUGCACAAAUGACUUGCACAGACUCAACCAUGUUGGCAAAAAGACGUGUAUAACUUGGCACAAUAGCACCGAAUCAUUGUUUUUCUGCGAAUAAGGGCUUGAAGAAUGUUGCAUAUUGAUUCGAGGAUUUUGAUUAAUAGUUUAUGGCACCUUCAAAAGGCAGUUAUUGCGAGUUGAAGUAGUCUUGUACAGUAUAAUUAUGGCUGCAUCGCGGAUAAUAAUAUCUUUACAUCGUCACAAUUUCGCUAUGAGGGAAAAUAUACUAACGGUUAAAACAGA